UAAAUUAAUCGUUUCAAAUAAUUGAACGAAAUAACUUGUACAGAAAACGCGAAAGAAAGAAUGAAAUCUUUUAUUGUUGUUGCUAUGUUGGCGGCUAUUUGUGUCGUGACAAAAACUGAAGAUGUUUGUCAUUAUAAUGUAAUGAGAGCUUGUGCUAGCGAUAGUCACACAGGGUUUGUUUGUAACUCCCGUAAUGGUGGUAUUGAUCACAUCGAACCAGAAGUGCAGGCAUAUAUCAACUCCCAUUUUAUAAAAUCUUUUGAAUACUUGAUGUUGGCCACUCACUUCAAUUCUUACGAAAAGAAUAGACCCGGUUUUCACAAACUCUACCAACGACUUUCCGAUCGUUCAUUCGAUGACGCUAUUGAAAUGAUCAAACAAUUGUCCCGCCGCGGUGGAAAGGUCGACUUCAGUGUUGUCCACGAAAGUCCCGCUAGUAUUGGUCAAAAAUCUCUAAAUUUGGAAACCGAUGAAUUGCAUUCUUUGGCUAUGGCCUUGGAUACUGAGAAACAAUUGUUCAACGGUGCUAUUCAUAUCCACACCCGUUCUCUUCAUGCUAGUGAGCGUGACCCUGAAAUGGCUCAGUACAUAGAGGAAAAUUUCUUAAGCAAACAAGCCGAAACUGUACGAAAAUUGUCUGGUUAUGCCAACGAUUUGUCGAAAUUGAUGAGCCAUCAAGAUCCUUCUUUGGCCGUCUAUUAUUUUGAUAUAUAUUUAGGAAAGCAAUAAAUUAAUUACGUAAUCGUAAAUAAUAUCCAUAUAUUUUGAAACAAUUGUAUUACUUUAACAAAAAGAUCUGAAUUUACUAUUGUUAUUAGGAUUUUAUUCUAAAUUAUAAACAUUAAUUGUAAUAUCUAAAUUUUUGAAACUUAAGCGCUAUAAUAAAUAUGACAUUAAAUAUCAAGUCUGGGUGUUAUAUUCGAAA